GAGAGAGACUAAGCAAAAGAAAGAGUUGGAAAGCAAGAAAGGGAAGAAAAUAUAUAUAUUACUGAAGAGUAUUGUCAUUUCAAGAAUAACAAGACAAGUUUGAAUUUGCAUAUUUGAGCGACAUACAAAAGAGAUAGGAGAUAGAUAAUGAGUGUAAGAGAGAGAGAAGAGAAAGAAAGAGAGAGACAGAGACUAAGGGGUGUGUCAUAGCAAUUUAGUUCCUCAAGGAAGUACAACUGAAAAUGAUCUUGAGACUGGUGAGCACAAGCAGAUAGAAAGACGGCACAACUGAUUUUCUUUUGUUUUCGCCUUGUAAAAUGAAGGUGUACCGAUAAAUGUAUUCUUUAUGUUGACAACUUGAUCCACGUGUAGAGAGCAAAAACUGACACAGAGGAGGGAGGGGGUACCACACUCACUGACAGACACAGGUGACGAUGGAGUCCUUUAGCUCCAAAGACAUGGCCAUGCAGGCCCAGAAGAAGAUCCUCAGCCACAUGGCUAACAAGUCCAUGGUCAACAUGUUUAUUGACGACAACAGCAGUGAGAUCAUGGAUGAGCUCUACCGUGUGUCUAAAGAGUAUACUGGCAAUCGUACAGAGGCCCAGAAGGUAAUAAAAGAUAUGAUCAAGAUUGCAGUGAAGAUUGGUGUGCUGUUCAGACACAACCGCUUCAAUGCAGGCGAACUAGGUUUGGCUCAAGAGUUCAAGAAGAAGUUGCACCAAGGAGCCAUGACAGCCAUUAGCUUCCAUGAGGUGGAGUUCACCUUUGACAAGACCGUGAUGUCAGAGAUCUUAACAGGAUGCAGGGACCUGCUGUUGAAGCUGGUCAACAUUCACCUCACAGCCAAAUCUCAUGGCCGCAUCAACCAUGUGUUCAACCAUUACGCUGACCCAGAGCUCCUGACUAAGCUGUAUGACCCAGAUGGCCCCUUCCGGCCCAACCUUAUCAAGAUCUGCAAUGGACUCAACAAACUGGUAGAGGAGGGAACAAUAUGAGUCACCUGCAAUGGCCUAACGUGUGUGAGACACUGAGAGAUGUGUUCAAAAAGGUCUGGCUUAGAACUCAUUGGGCUGACUGAUCAGAUAGGAUGUGACAUCACUGAAGACUGUUACAGUUGGAACUGGUGUUACAUGAAGCAGACCCUGAUGUGUUACCAUGCCAAAAAAAUGACUUUUAACAAAUGGGAAAAAGACAUGGGCGCAUCUGGACCUUCAUUUUUGUUGCUAGUAAAUGAUAAUAUUUCAAUUUUUAAAUGGUACGUCUAACACAGGAGUCUCCAAACCUGUUUCUGGUGAGCUGCCUGCAUGUAGGUUUUUGCUCCAACACGAAUCUAGCACACCUGAUUCUAAUAUUUAGCUGGUUAAUUGGGUAACUAGUGUUGAAUCAGGUCAAAUAAGUGUGGUUGGAUCCAAAACCAACAGGCAGAUAGUCAGAAAAGGGGUUGAAGACCACUGGUCUACUGUUUUUUUUAUAGUAAACACAAAGGUCAAAGGACUUCCAGUUUCAGGAAAGUCCAAAAUAUGCUUGAAUGGGAUAAAAUCACUAUUUGAAAAAUGGAAUUACCAUCUGUGCAUUUCAAUUCAUUGGAUGCAUUGAAAACCAAAAAGAUACCUGAAUUUAAACCAAUGCUUUUCAUUGAAGUCCCAAUCACAAAUUGAUACCAAGAUCCUGCAUUGCCAUCUGGUGGUUAAAAAGGUAAUGCUUAAGAAAAAUGCAGUUACUAUUUUGCACAUCUAUUUCAAAAUACUGUGGGGUGCAAUCAGUAAUUAAUGUUACAGCUCAGGAAGAACUAAAAAUAGCGAUUUAUUUUAUAUGAAUCCCAAAAUCGCUUAUUUUGUAAUAUUCAAACCAAUGCAAUUUAAACAAUAAAUCUUGGUUAUUUAA